CAGACACGGAGGCCCAUUAUGCGAAACUUACUUCUAUUCUGUCCGGAACCAUUUGAACCAUUUAACCAUUUGAAUCAACGAAUGGUAAUAGAGAUAUUUGCACACAACACGCGGUAGUUACGAAAAUUUACGAUUCCUGGGCGUACAGUUAUUGCUUGUUAGAUAUGCGUUCUACACUGUUAUGUUUCAUUGUAUGUUUGUCUGGUUCUGUAGCGCUUGCUAGAAAAAAAAUCAAUGAACCUGCCACAGCUAACCCUAUUACUUUUAGUGUAGAUGGUUGCUUGCUAUUAUCAGCUAUCAUGAAGAUUCACAUAUCAAAAUCAGAUGCUGUUAAGCAAUCAGAAUCAGUGUUUACAACCUACAUUAAUUCAACAAAUGCUAAAAGCAUCAACUCCAGCGGCGCAUGCAUCAAUUCCACUAGCAAAGAAUACAACCUCUUAAACUUGGGUUGGAAACCGAAUGGUUCUGAGGGCAAUUGGAAUAUAUCAUUUAAUUUCUCUGAGACCCAUCCUGGUUAUUAUGGUUUAACUAAUGUAUACUUAUUGUACUGGCUGGAUAAAUCGGGUCCACGUAAUGCUUCCACGAAUAAAUCACUUUUUUCUUGUGCUAUUGGUACAUCGUUUAUUUGUCUAAGUGAACAAACCUAUGAAUUAAAAGAUAAAUCAUCAAAUUCAACAAAUGUACGACUUACAUUUAGUGAGUUCCAAGUUGAAGCAUUCAGAAAUAAUGAUGUUUCUAAUAAUACGUUUACUGGACCAACUUCCUCUUGUGCUGCCGAUUAUGUACCGACUAAAGUGAUUCCUAUUGUUGUCGGCGUUUUAUUGGUGGUUAUGAUAGCGGCUGCUUUAAUCGCUUUUAUUAUCAGUAGUCGACGCCGUCAAAUUGGCUAUGAAGAAAUAUAAAUUAUGAAAAUAAAGGCGGCCUAACAUACAGGUCUUAUAGCUAAUGAAUCAAACUCUCAGAUCUGAUAAUCUUAGCAUGAUUUAGCUAUUGUUAUGCUAUUUUUUUCAUUUACAUUGCUUUCGAACCUAUUUCUCUAUUUCAUCAAUAAUUACUGCUUUUAUAUAUAUUUAUGUAUACCAUUAAACCCUAAAAUUUUAUAUUUCAUUUUUGGCGCUCAUUUCAUUUUUUUACACGCAUUUCGGUCUUAUGUCUUGAUGGUGUUUUUUAGAUUCAGGUUGUUUUUCACUUGAUGAUUUACAAUAUAUUGUCAUUGUUCGUUCAUUAAAUUGUAUUUUGUAAUGUAAGUAGAGGAUAAUGUUAGUAUGUGUAGAGUGUGGUAUCAUAUUGUAUGAAUUCAAUUACAAUUUAAAUAUGAUUAUAGAUACCUGCCUCAUUUUUUAAAUACACAUUGUAUGCAAAUUGA